AUGGCAACCAAUGCAGGAAGUGGACUACCACCAAUAGACUUUGAAAAAAUAAAGAAAGAUUCAGAUGGCUCUGUUUCGUCAAUGGCUAAAGGGUUGUUCAACCAGUUUAUAGAAGGCAAUCCGUACUUUGCCGCUGGUGGUGGAUUGAUGAUCUUAGGUACAUCUCUAGCUUUGUUGAGAAAAGGUAUCAUAUCAACAAGUAGGUUAGCGUAUCGUCAAUUAAUAGUGGAUCUUGAAAUUCCAAGCAAAGACAAAUCAUAUUUGUGGUUUCUUCAAUGGAUGUCGAAGUACCCACAGAGGUCUUCAAGACAUCUCUCUGUAGAGACUAACUUUCUACAGCAUAAUAACGGAUCUGUGAGUACUCAAAUGAACUUUGUACCAGGUGUCGGUAACCAUUUAAUUAGAUACAAAGGUGCAUUCAUGCUCAUCACUAGAGAAAGAUCAGGCCAAAUUGCAAAUUUCUCUAAUGGUACACCAUUUGAAACUGUGAAGUUGACUACUCUCUAUAGGGAUAGGCAUUUAUUUCAGGAGCUAUUGAUGGAGGCCAAAGAACUUGCUGUAAAAGCUCAAACGGGUAAGACAGUGAUAUAUACUUCGUGGGCUAACGAAUGGAGACCAUUCGGGCAACCAAAGGCAAAGAGAAACUUGAAAAGUGUUAUUCUUGAUAAAGGUUUGAAAGAAGGCAUAUUGAGGGAUGUGAAAGACUUUUUGCAAAAUGGGAAAUGGUACUACGACCGGGGUAUCCCAUACAGAAGAGGUUACUUACUGUAUGGUCCUCCAGGGAGCGGAAAGACUUCUUUUAUCCAAGCUUUAGCUGGUGAAUUAGAUUACAAUAUCUGUAUCAUGAAUCUUGCAGAUCCUAAUCUCACAGACGACAGACUAAAUUACCUAAUGAACAAUUUACCAGAAAGAAGCAUAAUGCUUUUAGAAGAUAUAGACGCGGCAUUUGUUAAAAGAAACAAGAACGAGGAGGGUUAUGUGAAUGGUGUCACAUUUAGUGGUCUAUUAAAUGCACUAGACGGUGUAGCUUCAAGUGAAGAAAUCAUCACCUUUAUGACUACAAACCACCCUGAAAAGCUUGAUCCGGCAGUAAUGAGACCCGGAAGAAUCGACUACAAAGCUUUCGUAGGGAAUGCAACAGAAUAUCAAAUUAGACAAAUGUUUUUGAGAUUCUAUCCGGAAGAAACUGAAUUGUGUGAACAAUUUGUCCAAAAAGCCAUUCAACUGGAUAUUCCAAUAUCCACAGCCCAAUUACAAGGUCUAUUUGUGUUUAAUAAAUCUGACCCAAAAAAUGCAGUACUGAUGGUGGAAUCAUUGCGUUACCCAAAUCACGUCUUUUGA